GUGGCUUUCUGUAAUUCGAUAGUCGACACUCGUUUGCUCGACACUUUAAUUCGAUAUCGAAUGCGCGACGAUCCCAUUUUGGUUCCCGUAUUUCGAUACUUGUACUAUCGUUUUCAUAUUUUCGGAAGUGUUUGGAAAGUGGUUUAUAGUUGUCAAAAAGUGCACGAAAGCAAUAAAAAUUAAAAGUAAAUAUGUACAAUUGGCGCUAUUUUUUAAUAUUGGAAGAUUUUAAUGAAGAAAACUCUUCAAUAAAUAGAAGGAGAAUACGCGAUGCGUCGAAUCCAAUGGAAUUGCCCGAUUUAUACUUCCAAACAAAAUACCGACUGACCAAGGAGGUUUUUAUGUACGUCCUUUGUGAAAUAAACCUUAGAGAAGGACUUAGGAGUACAUAUAUACCUCCAAUUUUGAGGCUAGCUGCAACGCUGGAGAUAUUAGCAGGUGGCGGUUACCAGUGGCAAACUGGUGGCGCACACACAGCAGCAAUGGGGCAUAGUACUCUGUCGAAGAUAUUUCGCAGCACAUUAUCGUCGAUGGAAGAAACUCUAUGCAACCAAUGGAUAUCUUUCGAAAAAAGCUUCCAGCCGUGCAAAGAGUGGUUCCAUGAAAAAUAUAACUUUCCGGGAAUUGUUGGUGCCGUAGAUGGUACUCAUUUAAUGCUGUUGAGGCCUAUUGAGAACGAGCAUAUAUACUUCAACAGGAAAGGAAAGCAUAGCAUAAACGCGAUGAUUAUAUGUGACCAUAAAUUAAGAAUAAAAGCUAUAUGCCCACAGUACGGAGGAGCUGCGCACGAUUCCUUUGUUUGGAAAGCCUCCAAUGAGAGGAAGGUGAUGGAGCGGCGCUAUAAUAAUGGAGAUACAAGUUCGUGGCUAUUAGGUGAGUGA